AUGACCGUCAUGGCUUGUGUGUUUGGUGGUGCACUUCUUUUGGGCAUCGUAUGCAUAGUUUCAAGAAUUUACUACAACAGGCAAAGAAAUUCAAGAAGGUCAAGAAGUCUACCGAUAUUUUUUGGCUUCCAAGAGGACUUUCUUGAUGAAGAUCAAGGACCAGAAAUCAACCACCACAUAUGGUACAUCAACUUCACAGGUCUGCAACAAUCUGUGAUCGAUUCAAUAACAGUCUUCAAGUAUAAGAAAUAUGAAGGGAUGAUUGAUGGUACAGAGUGCUCUGUUUGCUUGAGUGAAUUUCAAGAAGAUGAGAGUCUGAGACUUUUACCGAAGUGUGAUCAUGCUUUUCACAUACCUUGCAUCGAUACGUGGUUAAGAUCACACAAGAACUGCCCUCUUUGUCGUGCCCCGAUUGUAAUCGAAAGUCUUGUUGCUCAAGUUGCUUCGCCGGUGCCAGCUACAAGUGAUUUGAGUUCAAGGGAAGAACCCCAGAUGGAAAAUUCUGAAAAUAAUACUCCUAGUGGACUAAUAAGCAGUAACCAGGCAAGAGAAGAUGGAAGCAGUGAAGUGAGAAAUGGAGAAGAAACUAUCUGUAGACUACCAAUUGUAGAUGAAUCAAAUGCUGGAAAUUCUAGCUCGAAUUCGAACCAGUCUAUUGCGAGGAAUCCGCGGAUACGACGUGAUUUAGUUGGCAAUAAGCUGGUGGUGGGAGAAGAAGAAAUGCAGCCUAUGAGGAGGUCUGUGUCGUUGGAUUUCUCUACUGCUUCAGCAAUUUAUAAUGUGGUGGCUAAUGUUGUUCCUGGUAAAUGUCAAGCAAACUCUGAUAGUCUAUUAGUCCAACCAAAGCGACCGAAAUCAAAGAAUGGUGCGAAGAGGGGAAGUAGUGGAAAUUUGAGCUUUCACAAGCUGAUGAAAAAUUCUUCUGUGGGGCGUUCAUUGCAGAAGGGGCCCAUUUCAAUGAAAAGAUCUUUGUCAACUAAUGGGAAAUCCAUGGCAUCCAGAUGUAGCAGAAGCCAGAACACAAUCCACUCUUUCUGA